AGUCGUGAUGUAUCAGUAAUAAAAAUAGGGUCCCGCUAACCUUUUCUUUUUCUUUCAUUCAAGUGAAUCUGUUUCUAUAUCAUUUUGAGGGUUUCGCAAAGGAUUCCUUGUUCUUUCACUCCCUGUGUCUUCCCAUCCAUCCUCUCCCAUCUCAGCUGAGUGAUAAUCAUUGUGGAUCUCUUCUCCAUUAAACCAUUCGGUUGUACUAGUAGUAAUAUAAAAGAUCUCAACUUUGAAGCAGCUUUGAGAGAUAGAAUAUGGCCGAACUAAAUGGAAACCAGGGAAAGACCCUGUACGACAAGUACCAAGAGAGAUUGCCAUCCCAAGAGAAGAGCAGCAAGGGGAAGUCCUUUGGCUUCUGGAGAAAUAAAGAUAAGAAACAGAAUGGAUCGGCCACAGCAGGAGCUGCCCCACCUGCAGGUUCAAACGGGGAUGUUACCCCAAACAAUCCCGGCGAAGGGAGCCGAUCACAGAAGAAAAAUAUUAAAAAGACUUAUAAGCCUGCAGCCGCUGUGCGUGGUUUUAAGAAAGAUGAGAUGUCGCUUGAAAUAAUGCUUCUCAAAGGUGGAUUUAGGGAUGAGCCCUUCAAGACAAUCGGUGUUAUCGGGCUGCCUGGUGUUGGCAAAACAGCCCUUUGCAGGUCCAUUCUCCGAAAUGAGAGGGUGAAGAGUAGCUACACGCAAAUGUUUUGGAUAAGCUUGUGGUAUGAGGCAGAGGAAACUGAGGAGGAGGUAGAGGAAACUGAGGAGGUUGUAGAGGAAAUUGAGGAUACACUUCCAGGGGACAUCAUCAAAUUCAAAUCCGAUGUGCCUCAUCUUCUUAGACGCCUGAGCGAUUAUCAGGAGAAACUAGCGGAGAACAAGUAUUUAAUUGUGUUAGAUGAUGUGGGGGAGGCAGAGGAAGACAACUAUUAUGAAGAUCUCAACAAAUGCUUCAGCGAUGAACAUCUUCCAAAGCAGAAAGGGGGAGCGGUUAUCGUGACGUGUAGGUCGGAGGAAGCAGCAAAGAAAGUGGUGGGAGACGACAACUUGCAUCGACUUCAGCCUCUCAAUGAUCCAAACAGCUGCUGGUGGAUAUACAACGAGGCAGUGAAAGGUAAAAAGACAAGUGAAGACGCAACAAUUUCAAACAAGGUGAAGGAGGAACUGAUGAAGAGGUGUGGAGGUCUACCUGGGGCUGCACGAAUGAUGGGUGAAAUCAAGAAGGACAAAAAUAAAGCUAACCACACUCCGUCCACUCACUCCACAUUUCUUGCUUAAUUAGAUGUGGUAUUAUUUCUUGUCUUUGUAUUUUGGAAUUGAUGAACCUUUUUGUUUGGCCUUAUACUCUGCUCUUUGCCUGCCAUGUUAGUUAAUUUUAAUCCCCAAGUUUUUCCUUC